CGGGCGGCGCAUCAGCAGUCUGCUCACGCACUCCGCCGGGUUAGCGCGUAAACACGCCGCACGAGACUGAGCGGCACCUGUGGUUGCUUAAUCGUACGCAUACAGGUAGCAGGAGUUUGUUCGAGUUAACAGGACUCGCUGGGACGUGCGUUGGAGCGACGUAAGAAGACGGUGUGAUCGCGCCCCCUGACAGCGAAGUGGCCAAUUAAAUCACCGACACCAGCAUCAUCCAAGAAGGUCGAAGCGGAAAGGGCACGAUUCGUGUUUUACCGGGUCGGCGCCAGUGGCUUCUCGGCAGGGAAUUACCUUCACUCGCUGAAGGUGCGCCAAAAGACUCGGUGAAAGAGACGCGGUGGUGGUUUGACCAACUCUGCCGGUCUGCAACGCAGCGACAGUGAGCGCGCGACCUCCACGGAGGCGCGGAGGGUGGGGAGCGUCAAACGGCGGGACCAGAUUACGCGGUCUAGAAGGAAAGCGGCUCGUGUGACAGUUCACGAUUGGUGUUGCUUGUUUUUUGCCGGCUUGGGAGAGCCGGGCGCGUCGCGCGUGGCGUUCUCCAUGUGCGUGAUAGCGGGCCCAUCGUGUGGCGGCUUAAAAAGCGCAGCCAAGCGAUGCGCCAUCUCGCGCUGCCGGUGGUGGUCCUGAGCGCUGCCCUGUGUUGUGUCGUGUCGGCGCCUCGCCGGCCGGCCGACCCGGCAUCGGCUAGGGCCGCGCGCCACCAGGAGUUCGUGUGGAGGGAGGCUGCCUGCCGCUUUCCACAACCUCGCGUCCAGUGCCUCAAGGAGCUGCAGCCCAAUGACACCAGGAAAUUCUUGCCCCAUUGCACCAUCUUGCACCGCUGCGGACCGGACACUGGCUGCUGCUCUUCCGAGGAGCAGCAUUGCCAGGUGAAAACUAUGCAGGCGGUGCAGCUGCCCUUCCUGGUGGUGCACCUGGAUUCCAGCGGUGGUCCGUCGCGCUACCAGCCCGUCACGCUCGUCUUCGACAACCACACCGAGUGCGAGUGCCGCCUGCGCAACGAGCCCAUCCGCUGAGCCGGCGUGCUGCGUAGUCCAGUCACCCAGUCUAACAGCGAUGAUGGCGAUGGGCGGCCCCGUUCGCUCCCCGAGAUCGGACAGUCGGUGGCCUCUGGGCUGGGACUGCCCUGACCGCAAUUCCUCCUCCUGCUGCUGCGUUCGCGUGAUUUGUCGCCGGAGCGUUGCUGCCACCGUUCACUUUUCUCACCUCGGCCAAUUCAGCCGGGCACGCGCUGACGACAGUGAGAGUGCCAGGCAUGGCCGGAGAUGGACCGGUGCGACCUUCGGCAGCCGUGUGGUGCAUUGUGAACGAAGGCCGGCACUGGUCAAAGAGAACAACGUCGGUUAUCACGUGAUCAUGCGCUCCUUAGUCCGGUGUAAUUAUAGACAGUGCGUGCAAAAAACUUUGUACAGAGAUCAUGGUUCAUUCUGUCCCAGUAUUGUGAUGUCAGUUCAUGAAGAAUAAACACUCUGUGUUUCAUCCUGCCUG